ACAAAAAAAAAAUUCAACUGUUUGGCGGUACCGAUAAUAGAUUCGAGUGGCAGAGCUUGCGUCACAGGAUCCCAUUUUGCAAUAAUGUCUAUUACUGGGAAUUUCUUUUCUAAAUUAAGGACUUUGGCAGUGUCCCUUGAGAAAGAAACAGAACAGCUUGAACAAGCUUUUAGUAAAGAAGACAUUGACUAUGAAACCGAAGCUCCAAUGCGAGUCUUGCAUGAUCUGCGUUCUGAAAUAAAGUCUUUGAAGGGGGAUAUUCAAAGCACAAUUGAUAAAGAAAUUGUGAAACGCCAAGAACUUAAUGAUUUCAUAAAGAUCUGCAGAGUGCUGCAGCAGAGAAGCAAGUCGGACAUUCAACAAAUCACAGAUACAUUCAAGAACUAUGGGUAUAUACCUCUUGAAAAGAAACAUACAGAUGGGGAACUAACAAAUGGAGAUCGUGAAUCAGAGAAUGACUCUCAAAAGUGUGAAUCAGGUGAUGUGCCUGCUCUGCCUACAGUAGAUAAACCGGCAACUGAUUGGGAUUUGCUGCGUCCUCCUCAGCUCUCUGACUUUGGCCUUUCUCACUACAAGUUACCCUCAACAUGGGAUCCACUGUAUGACAAGCUUUACACAAAUAAAGAACCGGAGGAAAAGCAUGUUCCAACAUUUAGGAAUAAAGUAGAUAUUAAUCCAGUAACUCAAGCUAGAACUCCAAGGUGUGCUCUGAGGUUGGAAGAUGACUAUACACAGACACAGCACUUUGGUAUUAGUGACUCCAGCACAAAUCUCAAUGCUGACUAUACAAUAGCUCUCUUCAACAAACAAUUUAAGAAAACUGAAACGAAUCAUGAGUAUGCAUCCAAAGAAAUAAAUAACUACAGCUUAUCGAAGGACUUAAAAAACAUUCAGGCUACACCUGCACAUUUAACUCACCACUCUCUGGUUGUGGACUCUCCUCUGCCACCUAUAUUUUGUACUCCAGGGCUGAAGACUCGCCAGAAACAAAUCAGUGCAGAGCUUAUGGAAACCUUUAAGGAGAAGGAGCAAGGCAUGGUUAAAAACUCAGAUACCCCACCUUUACCUGCAUUUGAAACUACCUGGUUAAAAAGUGAUGGCAUGGCAAAGGCAUUGGAUAUAAAAGAUCCACCAAAACCAAAACUUACCAACAGACUAGAUAUGGACGAUACUGCACCGUCAUUGGUUUUAAAUUCCGGCCGAUAUUAUCAAGAUUUUGAAAAUACAGUAAAAAUACCUUCUCCCCCAAAAAUGAGUGAUUUCAUUCUUGGUACGCCUCAACGACCGGAAAUGACACUGUCUUUAACUGAAGAUCUUUUCAAGUAUAAUAUGAAGCCAUCCUCUCCUCCAAAGGUAGCGGAAUAUGAAAAAAUGUUUUGGACACCUACUCGUCCUGAAAUGACCACCUACAUACCAGAGGACAUUACACAGAUACUGUCUAAAUAUUGUGACAAUAAAUCUUCCUACGGGGCAAGGGAUCAAAAACAAAGCACAUUUACUGGAAUUGGGAAUGGAAUCACAGAAUAUAAAGACAAAGAGAACAGACUAUACUGAUGAAGCUAAGAAUACUCGAAAACUGAAAAUAAUUCUUUGUUUUUUUCUUUUCAUAUUCAACAUCUGAAAAGCCUUAAAUGCAUCUGACAAGACUCAUCAUGUAAAGUGGUAUCACUUAAUCUUCUAGAUGUUUUUAUGUGUGUAUAUAUAUAUAUAUAUAUAUAUAUAUAUAUAUAUAUAUGUGUAUAUAUAUAUAUAUAUAUAUAUGUAUAUAUAUAUUUAUAUAUAAAUAUUUCCCAUCUGUUUUUUUUGUUUUUUGUUGGGGUUUUUUUCAUUUUAUUAUAAAGAUUUACUGUUGAUUUGUAUUUUUGGUAGAAUAUUAAAGCUCCAUAAAGUAAUGUU